UUUGUAAACAAGAUACGAGUUGUAGCUGUGCUCAUUCACCACCCAGAGUAUGUCUUUUGAGGGUUCCUCUCUAGACGUGGACAGAUCUACAUCUGGGUUGAAGAUGUAUAAGAGAGAACCAAGUCGCAGAGUGUUUGUCAAUCGCAGUUUGAUGUUGGAAAAUAUCAAGUUCUACGGCUUUGACAUGGACUACACAUUGGCAGUGUACAAAUCUCCUGAGUAUGAAUCUCUCGGUUUUGAUCUGAUGAAAAAUCGUCUUGUAACCAUUGGAUACCCAGAAGCCAUCAACGACUUCGAAUACGACCCUACCUUCCCAAUCAGAGGUCUGUGGUUUGAUAGUAUGUAUGGAAAUCUUCUCAAAGUCGAUGCGUUUGGGAACAUCCUUGUGUGUGUCCAUGGAUUUCAGUUCAUGCGGGGACAUCAGAUCCAUGUUCUGUAUCCGAAUAAGUUUGUUCAGCUGGAUGAAACGCGAUUCCGCAUCUUCAACACUCUUUAUGAACUGCCCAUUUUAUACAUCCUGGCUUGUCUGAUAGACUUCUUCAGUAACCAUGAUGACUACGUCAGGACGAAAACUGGAGUUAAAUGUGGUGACCUCACGAUGACCUUCAUGUCAAUUUAUCAAGAUGUCUUGGGGGUAACUCAGUACGUUCACGCUAAAGAAGGACCAUUAAAGUUGGAGACGGUGAACAAUGUUGAGAAAUACGUACUAAAAGAUGACAGACUGCCCAUUAUUCUCGAUAGGUUGCGAAAUCGUGGUGCCAAAGUGUUCCUUGCCACAAACAGUGACUACAUGUUCACAAAUAAAAUUAUGACCUUCCUGUUGGAUUAUCCACCUGACAAGCCUUCAUCCAAGAAACGAGAAUGGACGUCAUACUUUGACUACAUUGUCUGUGAUGCCAUGAAACCACUGUUCUUUCAACAAGGGACAGUACUCCGACAAGUGGACAGAAAAACAGGAUCGUUGAAAAUUGGUACUCACACUGGACCUAUCAAAUCUGAACAGAUUUACUCUGGAGGAUCAGUUGAUGUGUUUUCGGACUUGAUGGGAUCGUAUGGUAAUGAAGUUCUGUAUGUCGGUGACCACAUAUUUGGUGACAUACUCAAGUUGAAGAAGGUCCGUGGUUGGCGGACGUUUCUGUGUGUGCCCGAGUUGUCUCAGGAACUCGGAGUCUGGACCACUAAAAGAUCUCUCUACUCAAAACUGGAAGAGCUUGACUGUAAGAUAGGAGACAUUUACAAGAAUAUGGACAGCAGUUGCAGUAUGAGGCCUGAUAUUUCCAGCAUCCAGUCUUCAAUAAGGGAGAUAACACAUGAAAUGGACAUGUCAUACGGUAUUUUAGGAAGUUUAUUUAGAAGCGGGUCACGACAGACGUUCUUUGCGAGUCAGGUGAUGAGAUACGCUGACCUGUACGCGGCCUCGUUCAUGAAUAUCAUUCACUACCCAUUGAGCUACAUCUUCAGAGCUCCGGCCAUGCUGAUGCCACAUGAAUCAACAGUCGGUCAUGAUGCCAACUUACCACUAGACAGAAAAUUUCCUUCAAUUACGCACCGAACACGGUCGAUGACUGAUGAUAUCGAUGAAGAACAAGAGGUUCAGAAGAGAAAACCUCUGAUUCGUGCAGACAGCCUCGUGCCCCGCCUUCACGCGCCCACACCAAAGCAGAUAACUCAGGUACAGGACGACGAGAUUGGCGGACCAGUUUUGGACGAAUCAGAGGACCUGUUGAAUGUUGAAAAUGGAAGUGAGAUGUGAUGUAAACUGAAUUCUGAUUGGUUAACUGCCCUAUAGGUACACAGUGGUUAACAUUGCUUUAGUGUUUUCUGAUUGAUUUUCUGAUUGGUAAGACUGCUACAGGAAUUGGUUUGAGAAGUACUGUUGUAAUUUGUUGACACUUGACUAUAAAAAGAGCUUGAGAGUUUUUUGUUUGAAAUAUAAGUAUAUUGGUCAACACUGUGUACAGUAUUUGUAGACUGAUGCUAUAAGCAUGGCUUUAAAUAAUAGUUUUAUACAUAUCAUGUACAAAAGAGAAGUUCCAAUAUCCCUUACAAUGUGGGUUUAUCCCAUGAGUUUAUUUCUCAUUCCAGCAGUGGGUGUAUGGAAAAUGCAGAUAAAAAAUUGCUUACAUAUAUAUAUUUGACAGAUAAUGGUCAGUGAUGAAAUAGACCUGACUACGCUGACGUGUCAUUACUUUCCUGUGUUUAAAUGUUUAAGUAAAAUUGUAAUAUUUAAUACAAUGUAUGGAUUUACUAUUAAUUAUCUACGCUUUUACACCACUGUCAAAUGUAUUUGUCAUUAGUGUAUUGGUGGGUUUCUUUUAAUCAAGAUUGGAGCCCAAGACAUUUAAUGAUGAUGAUGAUAACUUGGUUUAACAUGCUCAUAUACCGCAGAGGUUUCGAACACACAAGACAUUUAAAAAAGCUAAACACAUUAAAUAUUGUAAUUUGUGUUUGGCUUCAUUUUGGGUUUUUUAAACAUGGGGCAUUAAAUCUAAUAAUACAUUAUUCAAAGGAAGAUGCAGUGGUUUUUGUUGUGCUUUUAAAAGGUGAGAUAUACAUGUAGGUAUAAAUUUUCCAAUGAUGGCAGUGGCGACAAUGUCGACUUUUGCAUUUAAGUUUAAGUUUCAUGUUUAGCACCACUUCAUCAAGAAGCUUGGUUUAUAGUUACAUCUAUGAAUGUUCAUUUUAAUGAUUGUUAAGUUAAAUUAAAAUUUAUGAAAUUAUAAUUUAAAUGUAAUAUUUGAUUAAAUUUUUAAAGUAUUUUUUUCAAAGUGGGUUUUUUUCUCUUUUAAACACGCAUCGAGAUGAACAUCUAUGGAUGCAGCUGACAGUGACAUCAAAUAGGUGUAUGGUAGGCGAAAUAUUGAAUUCCGCAGAUUUUUUAUUUUCAUUCUGUAUCAUGACACAGUAAAUUUGGACUUGAUCAUACAAAAAUAAAUUGGUACAAACCUGUGGCGUAGGCAGGAUUUUGUAAGGGAGGGGGGGGGGGGGUGGUUGGCACCUGUGUAGUGGGAUAUGACACAGGAACCUUUUUAACCAUGGCCCUCCUGGACCCCCCCACCCCCACCCCCCAUCCCCCACACCCCGCUGGCUACGCCACUGAUACAAACCUGAAUUUUGUUGAUCAUCUCAAACUCAGUGUUAAAUUUUUAAGUCUGUUAGAUUUUGAGUAAUUAAAUGGUAUAGAACAUGUGAACAUUAAAACUGAAGACAUCUUUCUAUUCCGACAAUUAUAUAGCUUGUUCUCUUUAAACAUUUUGUCUAGUCUUUUCUCAUAAAUGUUGAACCUUGUGUUUAUAAAUAGACUUUAGGCAACACACCACUAUUUGUCGUGUCAUUACUUGUUGUAGCAGCUUAAUGUAGUCCGGUUUAGGAAAUAGUUCAUCAUAAAAAUUAAUACAAAAUUCUUAUUUACGUUUUGAAAUCUGUGUUUGAUGAUAACAAGUAGGUUGAUCUCUGUAGUACUUAAAUAUCACAUUGGUUUGAAGUUACUUAUAAUAUUUAGUGUAACAGCAAUACAAGGUGGUGCUCUGGCAUGAGGGUGGCUAAAUGAACAUGUUCGUGGUCGACCUAAGUUGAUGUUUUGUAAGAUAGGUAUCACAUGACCAUCUCAAGUUGGUUGUAUUUUUCACAGAAAUAUUCAGACAUAGAAAUUAUAUAAUUGAACUGCAUGGAGUAAUUAAUGAUAGUUUGAAUGAAUGAAUGUCGUUACACCCCAGCACAAAAAGUACAUUUGCCUAUUGGGUGUCAAACUACGGUAAAUGUAAAAAUGAAAAUUGAUAAUUAAGCUUUUAUCACACACUUCACAGGAAGACUAACUGCCAGUGUCAGUAGGAACGGUAACAUUUUGUUACUGUGUAAUGUGUUUAUAUACAAUGUCAUGUACCGUAGCUUCUUUUUUUUUAAUUUUAAAAAUCAAAAACAUAAUAUAUGGUGUUGUUGGUGCUAUAUAUGUACAUGUAUGUAAGGUAUAUAUGAAAUGAGCAAACUGAGGCGAGGGGAGGGGAGGGGUUGCAUUUUUGUUUUAGCAUCAUGUAGUCAAACUACAAUCAUAGCAAACUAUAGCUUCACUUGUAUGAUAAAGCACACAAAUGCACUUAAAAUGUAACUGGAGGUAUAGGUUUUAUUCUACUUUAAUUAAAAAAAAGAACAACAAAACAUCUGAGCCAUUUGUUUGCCAACUAUCACCGUCAUUAUUUCAAAAACAAUUUUAAUGUUAUAUUUGUGGUAAUUAUUAACAUGCCGUGCCUUACAUUUUAAAUUGCCUUGCAUCAUGAGGUAGUUUUGUGUCAUAGUUUAAGGUGUGCCAUCAAAUAUUUAUGUAGGAAAAGAAAGUUCUGCAUCUGCUUGUAUAUUGGUAGCACCUGAACCUGAACAGUGUUUACGUGCUCAUGUGACCCAAUGUUUUCAAGCAUGCCCAUCACGGGCUUAAUUCUCUGACUCUGCCAGUGACUAAGUGUGGGACAGGAGGGCUUGGUAGUGAUAUGUUUACUUGUGCAAAUACGAUAGUGUAUGAGCCAGGACCUAAAUGUUUUAAUAUCGGGACCAAAUUUGGGGCAAAUGUUAUUAUCAUUGUUGGUUUUUUGGAAGCCCAUUAUUUGAAGAUUGUAGAAUGGCUUGAUAGCAGGGUGAAUCUCACAGUGUUUUCUAUAAAUAACAUCAUUUUCUACCACUACCGGUACUCUACUUAGGAUUGGCUGAAAUUGUCAUGAUUUAAUAUUCUGUAUUGACACAAAAAGAAACGUCAAUGAGCUGUAACAUUAAAAGUUGACUUUUGUAAGAACUGAUCAACACAUAUUGACAUUCAACAGACUUACAGAUUAAUAUACCAUUUAUAAUUUCCUUGAAUUGAGCGUUUGGAUCAAAUACACUUUUUUCUUCUUCUUUUUUUUUUUUUUUUUUUUUAAAUGACACCACUUGAGCACAUUGAUUUAUUAAUCAUCAGCUAUUGAUGUCCUACAUUUGGUAAUUUAGACAUAUAGUUUUAGAAAGGAA